AUGUCUACAUUAAUACCAACGGCAAGUAGUUGUCAUACUCUACAACUCCCGCCAAUCGAAAAGGAUGACCGAUGUAACUUGAAUGUUCGUACCGGUUCAGCAUCCACCUUGUACAAUUCGUUGGUGUUUACAUAUGGAGGACUCACCAUUGGUCUAGAACUUUUAGAUCCUACGAUCCCCGAGCUUGUUAAAACCUUCCAACUGCGUCUUAAUAACUCCAAAUCAGAUCAAAUCGAAUCCUAUAUCUCGGGAGAACUCUUUUAUUUGAGCUUGCUUGAUGGUAUCUGGACAAGAGUGGCGAUUCCGAAAAAGGCUCUGAAACCAAGUCCUCGAUUAUAUCAUGAAAUAUGUGCAGCCAACAAUUGUGUAUAUCUUUUUGGAGGUUUGAAAUUAGAUACAAAUACCAAGAAUUCCACCACGGGAGACUUGAUACCGUGUAAUGAUCUUUGGGAAUUUAACCUUGAAAAGAAAGCUUGGACACUUCUUCAUGAUGGUACAGGCUAUGAAAUAGAUUCUAAAAUCCCCAAGCCAAGAUUUAAUCAUAAAAUGACAUCUAUCCAAAAUUUAUCAUUCAUCAGUAAAAAGGGACAUUUUGGGAUUUUAAUUGCUGGUGGGAAAGAUUCUGAUUCAAAUUCAAUCUAUGAAAACGUAAUUUUCGAUCUUGUUGAUAGAAAAUAUGUCGGGGAUACAAACACAACGUAUCUUACCGUACGGUCCGCUGACGGGAACAGGAUAGGCUCCACCCUUGAUUCCUUUUCGAGAAAGGAUUCUGAGGGCCAUCUCAGUAUCAAUUACACAAACAGUAUCAUUGUAAAUGUAACCGAUGAGGUGGAACAUGUUUCCAAAAGAUCCAAUUCUAAAGACGGGAGUGGUGGUGGAGUAACUGGUGGAUCUGGAUCCACCCACACAAUCAAGGAAGAAUCCGUUAUAGUGUAUGCACCAGUGGAUGUGGUGGAUACACAGGGGGAUGUGAAUCCACUUUUAUCAUUCAAAGUAGGUAAAAAGUUGAAAAAUGGUAAGAUGUUACCGACACCACGGUCCACUGCGUGGAAUAAUAAAAAGCAUUCUUUAGGAAGGUCCAAAUCACUGGUGGUGGAUAAUGUACCCCCAGUGGAGGCGGUAAAACCCCCUGUCAGACUGAGUCAAUUCUAUCCGUUCAAUUUAAGGUACCCCACUGGAGGUUUAUUUGGACAAAAUAUUGUUAUAACUGGAUUCUUACCUAAUGAUUUUGACAUAUCGAUCUUUGUGUUUAACAAACCCACAGGGAAAUGGUCUAGACUCAAUAUUUUUUGUGAUCAUGAUUAUGGUUCACAUAGAUUUUGGGGUGGAUUUGCCUGGCAAUCUCAUCACAAGGUUGUUCUUUUGGGUAAUUAUGUUACAUCCAAGACAACUAGUAGCAUUCGGUUCUUCAGUCUGAUGAUAACGGUAAGUCUUCCCGUUACAAAUAUUUUGGCUAGUAGUGAGCUUGCCGGUACUAGUAAAUCAAUGUCUCGAAUGACCGAUAGAGAGUUUGAUGGUCUUACAGAUAGUAGUGUUGGCACUGCAAUUAAUAGUCCAACAAACAGAAGCCAUACGGAAGGUGAAGAUGACACACACUCAUCAUCUCUUGACAUCACCAGUGAAUCUGAUGAAGAAAAGAGACCUGCUUUUGAAGUCGCGGGUGAAUCAGAUGGUAAACGUUCAACCACCAUUUCAUUCAAUGAAUAUGUUCAUUAUGCAGCCCCCAAGACAAAUGUGACCACAAUUCGCUCAGUGUUCCCCGCAGCAGCAGUGACUCUUGGAAGAAAUGCAUUAGAUCGGUAUGGGGAUUUGAUAUCCGAUUUUGAGUUAGUUUCCUCUAAUGGGGACAGAAUUCCUGUAUCUCUACACAUUCUAACCGAAAGAUGGGGUAGGUAUUUCAUCGAAUUAUUAUCAAGAGGAUAUGUCCAGGCCGUAGAUGCCUUUGAACAUGGUAAAUUAGAAGAUGACUAUCCUGAAAAACGUCACAACUUUUCCACAACAUCUAAGGAUUCUGGUAUGUCUUCGUUUUACUCAGGUACCAGAACCAACAAGCUUAAACCAUCCUGGUCAACUGCAGGUGGCUCGUCGUACUCAUCACACACCAAUUCUCACGAAAGUGGUCUAAACAAAGAAGUAUCUGGCAUGGGUACUGGUCAACUGUACCAUGUUUCAAUUCCAAUUCCAAAACCAAACGCAAUUGAAAAAGAUGCACCUCAAUUCAGAUUACCGUUUCAAGAACCUUCUUUGAGUGCUUCUUCGUCUAUUAAGGGGAAAUCAGAAAGUCCACCGUCUCAACCGGUUGAUGCAAUCAACCUAGAAACAACGCCAGGGGGAAGUCUCAAUUUACCCGGCAGAGUGUCUUCUGCGAUCGAUCCUCAUCUUUCAGAAGAUCCUGGUCUCCCAACUACUGCAACCCCUGCCAUGACCAGCAUUCCAACGAUUGUUCCACCACAACAAACAAAUAUAAGAAAAGAUUCAGUAUCAUCUUUUGCAAGUGCAAAUUCCUUGUUGACUUCCCAUUUGCAAGACAUACCACCUCAGUUACCAUUACCAGAUGAACCAAUUCCUGCUGUACCUGUGACACCAAAUUUCAGAUCAACUUCAAGAAAGAACUCCACUGAUAUAAAUUCACCACGUGCAUCUUUAAUUCACACUCUCACUGUCUUGAGAAAUAUUCCAGGUUCAAAAUCACCUCGUGAAUCACCAUUUGCAUCUCCAAGAAAUUCAAUUUCGGGUCCAGUAAAUGAACGUGAUUUCCAAAGCACCAAGUUAAGACACACCUUAUCUCAUAGCCCUACCAGAAAGGGUGGUCCAAUGAAAACGUCACUGGCUUCGAAUGAAAAUUUGGAAAACACACCGACCACCAAGCCACGUAGAACAAGUAGUAGUAAUUCACUCAAGCUGAUGCUGAAGUUAGGGCUUAGUGGCGCCGAUGGAUCUUCAACUAGCUCUGGAUCAGUUAGUGAUACCAAAGACUCAGAGGAUAGAAAACAUGCAAAUGCUUCACAGACUCCUGCUGAGAUGUUUUCAGAGGGAUUACUUAGUUUUGAAGAUAUGAAAAAUGGAAAUUUCAGAAUGGAACCUUCUCUCAUUCCAAGAAAGCUUUACAUCCCGUUCCCAACUGUGACAGUGAAGGCAUUCUGUGAAUUUUUAUAUACUGGUCAAAUUGGAAACAAAUGGUUAUUGGCACCUACAACGUUAGAUAACUUGGCGUUGGCCAAAUUUUAUAAGACACCAUUACUUUACGAUUUAAUCAGUGAAGUCUUGUUUGGUAUUAUCGGGAGGAAGGAAGCAUUUGUAUUAAAUGAAAGUAGAAGUUUGAAGAAAAGGUAUUUGGAAUUGGUGGAAUUGACUGGCAUGAAGGGAGAUUCUGAAUGUAAUUUCCCAUUAGAUGAAUACGAAGGAUUUGUCGAUACUGUUGAUGAUGGAUACUUGGAUAUUACCUUGUUGAAGAAGACCAGUGAUAUCAAUAAGAAGAGUUCUGUUGCCAGUAUGAAGAGAAGGCAAAAGAAAGGAUCAAGAACUUUAGAUUCAACCCCUGGAACGGGAUAUACUACACCUACAACAUCUGUGACAGAAGACAGCGAGACCAACUUGGGACUUGCUACCGAUGAAGAUGCCUCAGAUAAGAAAACAUCAACCUCAGAAGAGGAUAAUGACUUCGAACUUGGUUAUUUAGACAAACGCGAAUUACAAACUUCAAACGUUGGACCUAGGUCUAAGUCAAUUUUUGAUAAAUCUGGUGGAGAUUUGAAUUUCCAUAGUACUUUGGAUGUUGAAAUGGAAGAAGAAAAGGAAAAAUUGCAAGGAUUAACUCUUGACCAAUUAGUCUCCCCCAAUGCACCAGUUCCAAGCGAUUAUGCAAUUGACUUGAUCUAUGAAAUGGGGACAUUCACUGCUGAUAUGAAACUUAUGCUCAGAUCGAUUAAUGCUAGACAAAUGUCGAGAACAUUGAACCAAUCUCGGGAAGAGUUAGAAGCUACUAUUGAAGUGUUACAAAAGAAACUUGAUGCUCAGAAUAGACCCAAACCAGUAGUUUCCAAGAGUGGAGAUUCAAUGCCAGCUACAUAUGGCGCCGACACUGUUCCAAGCUCAAACUUACACCCUACAAUGUCCACCACUUCACUCCAUACACUUUCGUCACUUCGCACUGAAACGUCCGAAAAGUCUACCAGUAGUAAUUUCCCUCGGAUUCCAACUUUUACCCCAUUCAUAACCAGCAAAAAGGGAUCAAUCGGUAAUAAGGGUGUAGAGAAACUUAUCGCCAAAGACGUUAAGCGGGAUGAAAAAUUGAAGUUGAAGAACGAGAAGGAUGAGAGAAUGAAGCAAAUUCAAAGAUCAAAGUUGGAAAAGAAACAAUUGGAUAAGUCCAAGAGGUUAAGUCUGGCAGUGUUCCCACCGAUCUCAAGAACUCAAACAAUGGAUAACUUACCACCCAAGAAGCAUGGACUCUUGUACAAUUUGAGUCAUCCAUUAGCCAGAACUCAAUCUGGGAUGUCUGAAGAAUUGAAAAUGUCAGGAUCUGGUGGAUCAAUUUCUGAAACCAAUUCAAUUGACUCUUCAAAGUCUUCCAAAACUCCAACGAAUAAGAAACAUUAUAGUUUAUUUGGUAAGAAACAUCAGAAGAGUAGAGAUCUGUUGAAUUCCAGAGAAAGUUCUCCAGUUGCGGCAGAUAUGGGAGGACUGCCACUGAUCCAUAGCCAUAAGUCUACCGUCAGUGUUCAUUCAAACAACAGUAAACAUUCAGAUGCUACUGAUGGGACCACGAAAAAGAAGUUUCACAUUUUUUCAAAGAACAAAAAGUAA